AUGGCGGCACCCCUUCAUAGACACCAGUCAUCCUUGCAGGGCUUCGUAGACUUCUCGUCCUCUACCGUUCUGACGCCUGAUCAAUGUAGUCGGGCAACCAAGAUCUUCAACCAGCUCGUCUCUCGAUACGAAUCUAUCCAAGAUGAGCGUACGGCGUACAAAUAUAUCACCCUGCUCCGAACUGUCUAUGAAUCAGUUGUCUCCAAAGGUCAUUUCCUUAGCCACUUCUUCUUAUUCAUCGAUGCAGAGCUUCGAUAUGGACAGGAUGCUCCUACGCCAACAUUUGCCGAAAUCUUGUCUCAGUUCGACAGUCUACAUUCGUGGAGCCACGUACAAUCAGAUGAGCUCCAGGACACCCUCGCUAACUUUUCAGACUACCUUGUGAACAAUUUCUUCCUGCCACUCAAAGCAUCUGGCCGGAAGACCCCUCAACCUACCCCUACCAGUCUCAGCCUCCCCCAAAGCCCCGACAAUGUUGUUGGCACCACACAACGCCUUGCACGUCUGCGGCAGCAGUGUCUUACUCGCGAUCGCUACCGAUGUGUUAUAUCCCGCAAGUUUGAUUUGAAUGAAGCGCUGUCACGCUGGAACAGAGACGGUGACGAUUCGAAGGAUGACGAUGGGCUUCCGCUUAAAGAUGAAAGACCUGAAUAUUUGGAAGUCGCACAUAUACUGCCUCACUCCCUCACGUCCCUCACAGGCGAUGUUGAGGAUUCACAAUUGAGUGAAUCAAAAAGAAUUGCCCUCCAGGUAUUGAAAAUGUUCGAUCCUGAUGCUGGACACCUCGUUGAAGGACCUGAUAUCGAUAGAUCGAUCAACGCAAUCGUACUGACGCAUAAUUGGCACCAACAAGUGGGGGAUUUUACGGUAUCCUUUCAACCUACGAUUGAUCAGUCUCCACACUCCUACAAGAUCGAUUACAUUGACCCGAAUCGACCUUUCCGUGAUCCUUUACUCCCUGUCAAUCGCCAACUUUAUAUCACUCCAACGAAGACCAUCGAUCCCCCUGCUCCCCGUCUUCUAGCUAUUCAUCAUGCUAUCGCGCGUAUUCUGCAUCUGAGUGGCGCGGGAGGUUAUAUCGAUCGCAUCAUUCGAGAUAUGGAAGAAUUAAGCAUCAAGGAAGAUGGAUCCACCGCCCUUGGACAAUACGCUCACUUGAAGAUAGGUGGUUGGUUUGACGGGAUUCCAGUUUGUUAA